AUGGCGACAACAGUGGAUAAGAUCAAGGAAAUCGAGUCCGAAAUGGCUCGCACCCAGAAGAACAAGGCAACGUCCUUCCACUUGGGACAAUUGAAGGCGAAGCUUGCGAAGUUGAAGAAGGAGCUUAUGACCCCGUCGGGGGGUGGUGGCGGCGGCGGUGCUGGUUUCGACGUCGCGAGAACUGGUGUGGCCAGUGUUGGCUUCAUCGGCUUCCCUUCAGUCGGCAAAUCAACAUUGAUGAGUAGAUUGACUGGGCAGCACUCUGAAGCUGCUGCAUAUGAGUUCACUACGCUCACCACCGUUCCCGGGCAAGUCAUUUACAACGGCGCCAAGAUCCAGAUCCUCGACCUGCCCGGUAUCAUUCAGGGCGCCAAAGAUGGCAAGGGAAGAGGUCGACAGGUCAUCGCCGUCGCAAAGACAUGCCAUCUUAUCUUCAUCGUCCUGGACGUUAACAAGCCCCUCACCGAUAAGCGUGUCAUCGAGACGGAACUGGAGGGCUUCGGAAUCCGUAUCAACAAGAGCCCGCCCAACAUCGUAUACAAAAAGAAGGAUACUGGUGGCAUUAACAUCACCAACACAGUGCCCCUGAACAACAUCGACCAUGACGAGAUCAAAGCCGUUAUGAAGGAGUACAAGAUUACAUCGGCGGAUAUUGCCAUCCGGUGUGACGCCACCAUUGACGACCUCAUUGAUGUGCUGGAAGCCAAGAGCAGGGCGUACAUCCCGGUUGUGUACGCGUUGAACAAGAUCGAUGCUAUCACGAUCGAGGAGCUCGACCUGCUGUACCGGAUUCCAAACGCGUGCCCCAUCAGCUCAGAGCAUGGGUGGAACGUCGACGAGCUAUUGGAGCAGAUGUGGGAAAAGCUUAAUCUCCGGCGCGUGUACACGAAGCCCAAGGGCAAGAUGCCGGAUUACAGCGAGCCAGUCGUGCUGAGGGCGUCGGCGUGUACGGUGGAAGAUUUCUGUAACCAAAUCCACAAGAGCAUCUUGGAGCAGUUCAAGCACGCGAUUGUGUACGGCAAGUCGGUCAAGCACCAGCCGCAGCGGGUCGGCCUGAGCCACCAGCUCGAAGACGAAGACAUCCUGACCAUCGUCAAGCGGUGA